AUGGAUGAGAUCCUCAAGAACAUUAACAUGGACGAGAUCCUCAAGGGCAUCCCCGGAAUCCACGACCAGGUUCAAGGUCAGAUAGCCCAAGCCGACAACAACGUCGAAGGCGAACAGGAGGCAGGCGGGCUGAACGGCAGUGAUGAUAUCUCCGGCACCCCCGAACAGGCUCAAGGCCAGAUGGAAGCCGAGAGAUGGAAGCCGAGGAUACAGCCGGGGGACAAGAGGAGAGAGGCGGAGUGGCCCAUAUGGAUUCCCUCCCUUGGGACCCAGAUUUUGACAACAUGGUAA